AUGGAAAAUAACAGUCCUGUAGAUAAUAGCUUUAUAACAGUUAAUAACAAUAUGAAUAAUAUCACCAAUACUUCUUUAAACAUCGCUUCUCAAUGUAAUAAUAAUAAUAAUAAUAAUAAUAAUAAUAAUAAUAAUAAUAGUAAUAAUAAAUAUAGUUCCAGAAGCAGUGAAUAUUCCAGAUUUAAUAAUAUUUUACAUAAAUCGUAUUUCAAAAUAGCUGUUAUUGGUGCUCAUAAUGUUGGAAAAACUUCUUUUAUUACAAGAUAUGUUGAAUUUAGAUUUCUAGAGUCUUACUAUCCAACCAACAAGGAAAAUCAUUUUACUAAGACUAUUCUUUUUACUGACAAAAAUCAUAUGAAACAAAAUAUGUUUAACAACAACAACAAUAGUAAUAAUAGUAAUUAUAGCAGGGAUGACUAUAUUUUAUAUAAAAAUUAUAUAAAUCAGUCGUCAAAUGAUAACCCUUUCCAAAUAUCUAGCAUAAAUAAUAUUCAUAACAUUGAUAAUGAUAGUAAUUCCUACAGUAUAGUAGAUAAGAACGAGUAUAGUCUAGAUUUAGAUGGUGACACUAUAACUUUGGAGUUUAUUGAUACAGUAGGUCAAGAAUCUAAAAAUGAUUCGAAUUUAAAUAUAAGUUAUUAUAAAUCUUUCGUUAAUCUGGAUGGUUGUAUCCUUUGCUAUAAUGUCAAUAAUUUAGAUAGUUUUGUGAUAUUAAAGGAUCUUUGGAGUAAAUUUAUAACACAUUUAGAUUUACCCACUGAACACUUUCCAAUACUGUUACUAGGUAUGAAAUGUGAUAUACGUGACACCACAAGCACCAAUGCUUCUAAUACUUCUCCAAAUAAGAGUCAAAGCACACGGCAGGUUUCAUGGGAUCAAGGAAGACAAUUAUCCAAAAAAUUAAAUUCAUUAUUUUUUGAAUGUAGUUCCCGAGACAAUUAUAAUAUCGACCUUUCAAUGAAUGAAUUUAUUAAAUUAAUGAAAAUUGAACGAGAUAGAAUACUAAAUAUUCAAAAUAAUUCUAAUAAUGAUAAAUGUACCAUAAUGUAA